AUGCCGUCCAAUCGUUUGGCCGUGGCCGGUAUGGUGCUGGGCGCUAUUGUGCUGGUGCAGAUUACGUAUAUGCUAGGUUUUCGUCAUGGCGAGACAGCGACGAUGGACACGCACUUGGAAGACGCGGCCAACUUGCACGGCGGAGCAUCCCACGAGCAUCUCGUGGAUCGUCAGUUCGAGCAACGACUGCUCCUUCCUCAGGAGCCUGCUCCAGCUCCGCCGACCCCAAACCGCCCUCCCGCCCCAUUCAAACGUGAGGUGGCCAAGAAGGGCCCAAAGGGUCAACAACAGCAACAACAACAGCAACAACAGCAACAACAGCAACAGCAGCAGCAACAGCAGCAGCAACAGCAACAGCAGCAACAGCAGCAACAACCGUCUCCCCCACCCCCGCCACCGAAGCAGCGCCAGCAGCAGCAGCAGCAGCAGCAGCAGCAGCAGGUGCCCGUGCAGCGUGGGCGUGAAAGUCAGGCCAUCCUUGACGAUGACAUGACCACACGUUUGGAAAAGUCCAACAUCAAGCUGAUGGAUAAGCCUCGCGCCGUGUUGCCUCCCAACGAUGGAGCCACAAGCCGAGUUGAGGAAGCCAAGGACAUGCUCAACAACCUGCGCCCAAAGCAAUCGGCCCCUGAUGCAGGAAACAAAGCGAACAGCCCGGCCAAACCAGCCAACCCGGCCAAUCCGCCCAAGCCUUUUGUUAAUGGCAAGCCCGCUGGCUCAAACUUGGAUACCGAUCGUCAGUCGCCCUUGGCUUCGCAGCCGUUUGAGAAGAACUCACCCUUUGGGCAACGCAUGGAAAAACUGGAGGCCCUUCGCGCGCAAGACAAGCGUACCCCGAUCAAGGACUUGCCUGGCGCUGUGCCUGUGACCAACAUGAGCAUCGUGCCAGAUACUUGCUACUGGGUCCCCCUGGAAAGCUUCCCCGAGGAGCGCAUGGCUGCGUCUGUCGAAUGCAAGGCAGGUCCCCACAACCGCUCUUGCCUUUUUGAGAACAUGUUUCAGUUGGAGGUCUUGUCCAUCUUCAACGUUGAAGGCCACCAGCUGCCCACCAUGGGCAGCAUGACCACAAACCGAGACGGCAAGUAUGGUUUCGGUUGGGCCCCUCGCUCUAUUGCUGCGGCCACAACAGGCGAAGCCCAUCAGACCCUUUACAAGACCUUCAACGGCGUUAAGCGUCCUCGCCGCCUGAUCGCGUGCCCUGAUGCGACUCUGUACUUCCACACCAUGUUUGCCAGCAACCCUGGUCAUGGGAUGUGGGACGGGCUGUACCCAGCUUACGUGUCUGCGGUGCGCAUGGGUUAUGGGGAUAUUCCUUUCCGCACCUUUGUGAGCCUGCCUGAAUGGAAGGGUCCCUGCAAGGAGGGACGCACCAAGGGCUGCCAGGCCAAGGAGGUGAUUGAGAAGUUUGGUGGUCUGGGCAUGAUUAUGACUCAGAGCAUCUCCCGCCUCCAGACUGAGAACAUCGGGAUAUACUUUGAGAAGAUGAUCGUGGGCAGCGGUCGCAUGGCUCAGCGCUUCUUAACGGCCGAUGUGGCCGUGCCGGGCAUGCGGUCAGAAGGCGUGGCCCCGCUGUUUCGCGACCGCAUGUAUUGGUCUCAUAACCGGUGGUACCGGGACUGGAAGGCCGGCCGCUCCAACGAGGACAUUGGGGCCUUUGUGGUGGAGAACAAGCGCUACACCUCGUCGGACCGCGAGCAAAUCCAAGCAGCCAUGGACGAACUGCGCGACGAGGGCAUGGUGGUGGAAUGGCUUUCCUGGGGCAACUACUGGCCUUUUGAGGCGCAGCUUGAGAAGAUGGGCUCCUCUGACAUUUACAUCACGGGUCCUGGAACAGGCAUGAUGCUCUCCCCCUUUAUGCCCAACAUGAGCGUUGUCGUCAACCUCGGCGACUGCUUUAAACGAUAUGACCGCAUCCACCCAAGUUUUGAGGAGGAGUACGUCACCGAGGGCUCGGACUUUUUGCGUGGCCUGUACUACGACAGCCACACCCGCCUCCAGGGGCUGCAAAAGCCAAAGUUGGUAGAGCUGUUCCGUGAAGCCUUCAAGCUGAGCCGCGAGGGCUUCACCCUGCCCGUACCGCCGCGCCUGAACCUUUCGCCGGAGGGUCGCAUCUUUGCCGAGGCCUGCGACAUGGCACCGCAGACGUGUAAGCAAAUGCUCAACGAGAUGAAUUCGGUCGUGCCGCCCUGGCAAUGCGUGGCCGAUGCCUGGGCUUCUUUUGCCGUCUACGAAGUCGGCGGCUAUGCCGAGGGCGGACUGUCGAAGGACGACGGCAAGAAUCGCACCUGCACGUUGCCGCGCACUGAGAUCCGUCAGCUUCGCAAGAAAUAUGCCAACAUCAUCGGGACCAACGAGGUCAACAAGCGCCAAUGCUAA